UUUCAAUAACAUCUCAAAGGGUCAAGACACCAAGCCCUGAAAUGCACUAUGGGAGCUUGAUGUCAGGCAUAUAGAGAAAGGGCAGUACUAUCCGGAGAGAGGAACAGUGCAAUCACGCACCAGAAAAGUACUCGGUAUGCAUGUCCUUUUUGAACAGGAGCAGUGUUUUCCAUCAUGAGUAGUUUGGUUGAAUCUGAAGAGCGCUGUUUUGCAAAGCUGGGUCUCGCGCCUACUGUGCGCACGUGUGUGUGUACGAAGAACCAAAUGCAGUAGGAGCUGCACGUCCAUCAGUGCUACACGCAGAUGACGGCCGUGUGCUGGAAGUGUUUGGUUCAGUAAAUCGGACUUGCUGUCUGAAAAGUGCAGCGCGGUGAGUGGCGAUGCUGUCGGCGAGGGCUCUGGUUCAGUCAUUAGCCGGCGCUGACGAGCGAAGGUUAACGGGUUUGAGGUGCGUGUGAGAGCGCGUGCGGACUGGAGCAGCUCAGCUUACUGUCUUACUGUAAAACUCAUUUUUUUGAAAAGCGAGUUCGGAGUGAGCUUCAGCGCUCCGCCACAUGCCAUUGGACGGUUCGCGGAGCCGAACGGAUCGGGGCAGAGGCAGGUCGAGGUCGCGGCGUCUCGGGACUCGGCGGUGAGACGAGGUGGACACGAUGGCGGGCGCCGAUGAUGUCACAGAAGGGGGCGGGGACGUGAAGGACGCGGGGAAGCCUGAGGCUGUGGAGAAGGCCGCACCGCAGGCCCCGCCCAAAAAGCCACGCAAGUGGGCGUGGUCCGUCCUCUUCCUCUGCUUCUACGGCUUCAUGUUCCAGUUGAAACCGGGGGAGCCCUUCAUCACCCCCUAUCUGCUGAGCGCCGAGAAGAACUUCACCCGAGAACAGAUCACCAACGAGGUGAACCCGGUGCUGGUCUACUCCAACAUGGCGGUGCUGGUGCCCAUCUUCCUGCUGACGGACUUCCUGCGCUACAAGCCCGUGCUGAUCCUGCAGAGCCUGAGCAACGUGUCCAUCUGGCUGCUGCUGCUCCUGGGCUCCUCGCUGCUGGAGAUGCAGUUCAUGGAGUUCUUCUACGGCAUCAGCAUGGCGGCGCGCGUGGCCUACUCCUCCUACAUCUUCUCCCUGGUGCCGCCGGAGCUGUACCAGCGCGUGGCGGGCUACUCGCGCUCGUCCGUGCUCCUGGGCGUCUUCACCAGCUCCGUCACAGGCCAGCUGCUGCUGUCGCUGGGCGGGGUGGGGUACCGGGGCCUGGCCAUGACCUCGCUGGGCCUGGUCAGCUUCAGCCUGCUGCUGUCCUUCUGCCUGCCCUGGCCCAGGCGCAGCCUGUUCUUCAACCGCCACCUCCGCCAGGCGGCUGACAGCAGCGCGGACGAGCUCAGCAGGAUGAAGGCGGACGGGCCGGACGCCGGGCCGGAGGCCGGGCCCACCUCCUCCUCCUCCUCCUCCUGCUCCUCCUGCUGGAGGGAGUCGCCUUUCGUGCUGAUGCUGAAGGAGCUGAAGAGCGUGGUGCGCGUGCCCAGCCUCCGCCUCUGGAGCCUGUGGUGGGUCUUCAACUCCACGGGGUACUACCUGGUGCUUUUCUACGUGCACGUGCUGUGGGACAAAGUCUUCCCCGCGUCCGAGAACCAGCGCGCCUACAACGGGGCCGUGGAGGCAGCCUCUACUCUCCUGGGCGCCAUAACGUCGUUCUCGGCGGGCUUUGUGAAGAUCCGGUGGAACCUGUGGGGGGAGCUGGUGAUUGGGGUGGACACUGCCCUGCAGGCCGGCCUCCUGCUCCUCAUGGGCACCACCAGCAACAUCUGGGUGUGCUACGUGGCCUACUCCUUCUUCAGGGGCUUCUACCAGUUCCUGGUGCCCAUUGCCACGUUCCAGAUAGCCUCAAAUCUAUCUAAAGAAAUGUGUGCCUUGGUGUUCGGGGUGAACACCCUCCUGGGAACCGUUCUGAAGACCAUCAUCACCCUCAUCGUGGCGGAUAAGCGGGGCUUCGGACUUCCUGUCCACCCUCAGUUCCUGGUGUAUUUUUUCUACUUCACUCUGCUCACGGUUUUGUACCUGGCUGCUGCGGCCUACGUCAUCUUCAAGCACUACCGCAACGAGAGAGGGGGCGGGGCUGCAGAGGAGGCCACGCCCACUGAGCUCAGCCCCAUGGAGAUGGACGCCUGUGAGACAGAGUGUCUGGCCAAUGGGACGGGCGUGAAGGCCUGAGUGCUGCUGUGAAUCGAGUGGCCGCUUGGUCUCGCGAGGUCCUGGGUGCUGGUGUGGAUCCUCCCCUUGCGACGGACCACCAGACGGAGGACAUUUCGUGGAAGAGUGGGCAAAGACAGGAGAAGGGCCGGGAACAUCCUGGGACCGAAAGGCCAAACUCUGGAUUUCCCGUUUCGGUCCGACUGAUUUUUCAUAUCGGUAUAGGAUAGCAGCUGCUGCUUUGAUCUGAAAUGUGAAAUGUGCCUGGUAUCUGUCAUAGGCUGACAUGUGUUCAUGCAGUGAUUUGUAUGAGUGAAUAAUUAGAACACACAAGAAUCCAAGUAGCAAUACUGUAGUAUUUUAUUUUGAUAUCUUAAAUUUAUGUAUCUGUUUACCCCCCUUUACAAUACUCAAGGAUAUAUGGUAAAGGACCUUGGGCAAAGAUCUUCCAUUUUAUUUUUUCUUCCAAGAUAUUUCCAUGUUGGUGGGGACAUCCACCCCCCCCACAAUAUGUUCGCGAUGCGCAGGAUUUUGAUUUAACUCCCAGAAAGCCUGUAGCAAUGAGGAUAGUGCUCACUAAUCAUGGUUCCAACUUAGAUUUACCAUAGUGAGCUUACUGCUCAUAGCUUUAAACAUGCAAAAAUUAUAAAUUAAAAUGUCGAAUUUCAAAUUUUCAGAACAAUUUCAGUUUUUGAUAACCAUAGGGACUAAUAUGAAUGAAUGGUCCACUGUUACAAUUUUCCUUGAAUAUGAAGCAUAUAAAUUGGUAAGUGCCAAGAUAUGGCAGUAUGCAUCUGUGCAGAUUACUGAUGAAAGUCAAGACGGGUGACUUGACUUAGCUCUUUCCUGGUGGGGAUUCUCAGUGUGGCAGACCAGCAUGUAUAAUCUAGGGGACAAGAUGUACACGUUAUAUUUUCUUUUAUAUUUGUGUAUUUUCUUUUCCUGUGAUACUUGCAUUUCAGCUGAAUGGAGGUCUUCCAAUAUCUAUCAUUCCCAAUUGGAGUCAGUUGUUCAGGUUGGUUUUGAAUGAAAUAUUUUUUAAGAACUGAACAAAAUCAGAAUGUAUUCAUUUUGUGUUUUUUUUUUUUGCCCUUUGGACCACAUAUACAAAACAAUCAAGUUUUAUUUACUAGGAGGCUCACAGGAAAGAUGGUGUAACAGGUGUACCAGCCUAUUUUGUAAUGCUGAACAUGAAUUAUUUUUUUAUACUGAAUAUCAAGGAAUUUUUAUAGUCUUGAUUUUUAAAUUGUGCAGUGUUCUGUAACAGUUGAGGCCCAUUCUUUUCUGUUGGUUGUAUUCAAAUUUCUGGAUUCAAAUACUUUUCUGUGCUCUGUUGAUCUUGCCUGGUUUAAUUGAGCUUGCCAAUAUGACCAGAGGCGGGUUUUGAACUUUUUGAGAGUACUUCAUUGGUUCCAAUGCACCAGACAAGAUCAGUAAAGUGUAGAAUAGUAUUUGACCCAGGUUUGUAAAUAUUUCAGAAGGCUUACUGCCAUAUUUCAUAAAUUUAACAUCACCUGAGCACAAGAAGCUUUGCAGUGCUGUGAUUCACUGCUGUUUAUUUCACUUUUAUUCGUAUUUUUUCACAGUGAUGGGAUCAUCCCCAGUCCAAGUGAAUUAUUAUUAGUGAAUUGGUAUCAUUACAAUUAGUGAAUUAUUAUUAGUGAUAAUUAUACGUUGUUUCUGAAGCAAUGCAGACAGUGGCGGUAAUGUGAAGAUUAGAGCCCGACCGAUAUAUCGGUUUGGCCUAUAUAUCGGCCAUUAUUUGACUUUUUUGACAACAUCAGGAUCGUCAGUUAUGCCGCCGAUGUGUCCCGAUUUUUAAAUAAGUAUAAUAAACAAAAAAAAACAA